AAAGCACAGUUAACCUUUAAACCAAUGCAAUUUUCUCAGCAAUGGUAUUAAACCCUCCAAAAGUUCCCCAAAACCGAUUUGAAAACACCACAAAAACUAUGAUUAACUCUAUUGAAAAUGGAGAAUAAAGGGAGCACAGACCAAGUGCUUCUUGAUUGACUUCCAUUCGUCCAAGAGAAAAGCAGGAGACUUGACAACGUAAAUCAUACCGAUGUCGCAGGAAAAACAUAUUACAAUACUACUGUUAUUAUGAUAUGAAAAAGAAAAAAAUUAAGAGGAUUCUAAAGAGUAGUAGCGGAGUCAAAAUCUUCUAUUCAGUUUCAAAGAAUCUUCCCCCGCACCAAUCUUCUGUUGCCUUGAAGUGCUGAAGAACCAGUAGGAUAUGAAUCAAAGAGUGAGGCAGAAACGUGAAUGUAGUCAGGAAAAAGAUAAGACAAACACUAGUUCGAAGACCCUUAAGUGUAAUCGUUUGACUUCAGCUACUAUUUCUGGAGUUGAUUGGACAACCUUGCCAGAUGAUACAGUUAUUCAACUCUUCUCUUAUUUAAACUAUCGAGACCGAGCUAGCUUGGCAUCAACUUGUCAAACAUUUAGGCUUUUAGGAUCUUUUCCCUGUUUAUGGGGGUCGCUGGACCUCCGUUCUCACAAAUUUGAUACUGCAGCUGCUGUCUCACUCUCUUCACGUUGCAAGAAUCUCCAGAGACUUAAAUUUCAUGCAGCUGGCUCAGCAGAUGCAAUAGUUAGUCUUCAAGCAAGGGAACUUCGAGAAAUUAGUGGUGAUUUUUGUCGGGACAUUACAGAUGCUGCACUUUCAGUGAUAGCAGCAAGACAUGAGAUGCUUGAGAGUGUCCAUCUUGGUCCAGAUGCUUGUGAGAGAAUCAGCUGUGAUGCAAUAAAAGCACUUGCAUAUUGCUGCCCAAGGUUGCAGAGGCUUUGGAUGUCAGGUGUUAAGGACAUUAACGGAGAUGCUAUUAAUGCUUUGGCUAAGCAUUGUAGGCUGUUAAAGGAUGUUGGGUUUGUGGAAUCAGACAACAUUGAUGAAGUGGCUCUUGGAAACUUGAGUACGGUUAAAUUUUUAUCAGUUGCAGGGUCUAGAAACUUGAAAUGGGGAUCUGCAGCACACGGUUGGAGUAGAUUGCCUUGCUUGGUGUGUUUAGAUGUUUCUAGAACUGACGUAAAUCUAACUGCUGUUACCGGAUUUCUCUCAAUGUCCCAAAAUUUGAAAGUAUUGUCCGCCUUGAAUUGCCCAGUUUUUGAGGGUGAAGUUGACAGAAACUCGAUGUAUAAUCACAAAGGAAAAAUAUUGCUUACUUUUCUGAGUGACAUGUUCAAGGGAGUGACAUCAUUAUUUGCCAACAAUUCUAAAAAUGUUACUGAUGUGUUUCGGUACUGGAGGAGAUUAGUGAAUAGAGAUAAAAACGUGGAUGAAAUUGUUGUUUGGAUUGAAUGUGUCUUCUCGCAUUCACUUUUGCGUAUCGCUGAAAACAAUCUGAAGGAGUUUGAUGAUUUCUGGCUCACACAAGGGGCAGCCAUAUUACUCAGUUUGUUGCGAAGUUCAAAGGAGGAAGUUCAAGAAAGAGCAGCUAUGGCUGUUGCAACCUUCGUAGUCAUUGAUGAUGAAAAUGCUACUGUUGAUUGUAAAAGAGCUGAGGCAAUUCUACGGGGGGAUGGAAUAAGGGUGCUUUUGAACCUUGCAAGAUCUUGUCAAGAGGGACUUCAGUCCGAAGCAGCUAAAGCCAUAGCAAACUUGUCCAUAGAUUCAAAAGUUGCAAAAGCUGUUGCUGAAAGUGGAGGAAUCAAAAUUCUUGCCAAUUUAGCAAAAUCGAUGAACAGAUUGGUAGCUGAAGAAGCUGCUGGAGGGCUGUGGAAUCUUUCGGUUGGGGAUGACCAUAAGGGUGCCAUUGCAAAGGCUGGUGGUAUAAAAGCUUUAGUUGACCUUAUAUUCAAAUGGCCUUCCAGCACUGAAGGACUUCUCGAACGUGCAACUGGAGCACUGGCAAACUUGGGAGCUGAUGAGAAAUGCAGCCUGGAGGUGGCUGUGGCAGGUGGAAUCCAUGCUUUGGUGAUGCUUGCUCGCACUUGCAAAUUUGAUGGAGUGCAAGAGCAGGCUGCUCGUGCCUUGGCUAAUUUGGCAGCUCAUGGGGAUAGCAACAGCAAUAAUGCUGAUAUCGGACAAGAGGAAGGUGCGCUGGAAGCACUGGUGCAACUUACUUAUUCUCAAAAUGAAGGUGUAAGGCAGGAAGCAGCUGGUGCUUUGUGGAAUUUGUCAUUUGAUGACAAAAAUCGAGAAGCAAUUGCAGCAGCUGGUGGUGUUGAGGCAUUGGUUGCCCUUGCUCAAUCUAGCUCAAGUUCUUCCCGAGGUCUUCAAGAAAGAGCUGCAGGUGCCCUUUGGGGAUUGUCAGUAUCAGAAACUAACAGCAUUGCUAUUGGAAGACAAGGUGGUAUUGCUCCACUUAUUGCCUUAGCACGCUCAGAUAUUGAAGAUGUCCACGAAACUGCUGCUGGAGCACUCUGGAAUUUGGCCUUUUAUCGUGAAAAUGCUCUCCAUAUAGUACAUGAUGGUGGAGUUAAACCUCUCAUUCAUCUAUGCUCUUCAUCAGUCUCAAAAAUGGCUCGUUUUAUGGCUGCAUUAGCCUUAGUUUACAUAUUCGAUGGGAGGAUAGAUACAUCUGUUCCGGCUGGGUCCUCAUCAUCUGGAAGUUCAAAGACUCUGAACACGGAUGGGGUUGGGAGGAUCGCCUUAAAGCAUGUUGAAGAAUUUGUGACCUCAUUCUAUGAUCCACAAUCCUUUCUCACUGCAGCUUCAUCAUUGGUCCCCACUGCUUUGGCACAGAUAGCAGAAGCCAUAAGAAUACAAGAAGCAGGACAUCUAAGAUGCAGUGGAGCCGAGAUUGACAGAUUUCUCAGAAUGUUAAGGGACCCUUCUUCCAUACUAAAGUCCUGUUCUGCAUUUGCUCUUUUGCAGUUUACUUUGCCUGGAGGACGGCAUGCAAUGCACCAUUCAAGCCUCCUUCAAAAUGCAGGUGCACCGAGAGUCUUACGUGGUGUUGCUGCUGCAUCAACAACCCCUAUUCAGGCCAAAAUAUAUGCAAAAAUCGUGCUUCGGAACCUUGAGCGCCACCAUGAACUCUCAAGUUAUUUGUGAGGAUAGUUUCUUCUGAAACUCUCCCAUGGAGAUUGUCAAUCCUUGGAAAAAGUACAAUCUACUUUAGAAUCGAACCACGAGGCUGAAGCAGGCUCUCUCGUUGUCUUUCCUGAACCAAAACUGUUCCUUUUUGGUUCAAAAAGUUUAGACACCUUGUCGUGUCUGGCCUCGUGGAUUACUUGUGGUUAGAAAAUGAAAGAGGGCAUGCAUGUUCAUGAAGAUCUUUAAACUGAUGUUUGUUAGGUUUAGCAGAACAGAGGAUUUUUUUUCUUUUUAGUUUAUUUUGACUAUCAUCACCAAAAGGGAAAAGGGAAGGGGAAAAUAAGAAUAAUCCUUUGACCAGA